AUGCCUCCUCUUCAGAUUGUAUUGGACAAUGCGUACCAGCGUGCCUUAGUAUUGUACGACGAAAGAUCUAGGCAGGUGGAGCUGAUUCACGAUGAAGAGCAGUAUUUACAGCUGCGAUCUAGCACACCACAGAGAUCACAGAGUCCAUUCUCAGCUGGUAACAACAGAGAAGGUCAGCUUAUUGUAGGAAAGCCGAAACGACCUUCGGUUUCCCCACCACGACGCCACUCUGAAACUUAUUGUGUGACAUGCGGAUCCAAGCUUCCAAGUGGAUUCAGACAGCGACCAACUGCUUCAGCGAACGACUUCGUUGAUCGCAACUACUUCCAACUUCUGGCAGGAGACUUACAACAAAAUCAUCUGGGCUCCAACACCAAUGCCACGGGGAGAGCUAAGAAUGGCACCUUUUCAAACCCGGUGUACAAUAGCAUUUCUGAAAAUGCGUUCCUGCAGGGUUACUUUGACAAGUUCUUUGAACUGAAACACGAAUUAGGCCGAGGAGGACGAGGAACAGUGUGGUUGGUGGAACAUGUUCUCAAUGGGGUUUCGCUGGGAUUGUUUGCAUGCAAAAAAGUGCCAGUUGGUGAUGACACGGUGUGGCUGACAAAAGCUCUGUACGAAGUGACAUUGCUGAAACAGUUGAACCACCCAAAUCUCAUCCGAUACAACCAUGUUUGGUUAGAGACAUCUCAAUGGUCUCCAUUUGGUCCAGCUGUCCCCUGUGCAUUCAUUCUUCAAGAGUAUUGCUCAGGAGGCAACCUUGAGGUCUAUGUAAAGAAGAGACGAACUCUGACUCCGUUCGAGGUUGUGAGCUUCUUAAAAGAUAUAUUGUCUGGUGUUUCCUACUUACAUGAACAUCAGAUUAUCCAUCGAGAUCUCAAGCCCUCCAACUUCCUACUCAAGGAUGAAGGAAACGGACCUGGAACUCCCCCGCAGAUUCUGGUGAGUGACUUUGGAGAGGGAAAUGUCGAAGGCCAGCAUAGAUCAAGUACAGGAACCACAGGAACAUUGGAAUACUGCGCCCCAGAACUACUCUCGCGUGACAUAAGAGGAAACCUCGGGGAGUUCUCACGGCAUUCAGACAUGUUCUCCGUGGGAUUGGUUUUGUACUUCCUGUGCUUUGGUCACACGCCAUACAGAUCCCCUCGUGGAGUUGACAGUGGUGCAGUGAACUUUGAAUCAUUGAGAGAGGAAAUAUGUACGUUCCCGGGAUAUGAAGAUGGUGAAGAACAACCAAACUUCCCUAUUCCCACUGAUCUACAGACUUUGUUGACCUCGUGGUUAUCCACCAUUCCUGAAGAGCGCAUCAGUGCCAAAGAUGCUCUGUUUUUGCUCGAGAACAUGGACAUGAGCACCAUCACCGUCGACACGACUCUGACGACACGAAGACUGUCUAUCAAGCCAGUGGUCCCGGAUAGUGAAGAUGAAGAUGAGGAGCUAAUUGGACAGGACUUCUCCGGUGAAUUUCUGCCGGAAAUACUCAGUUUGAGAGGAGCUGAGAAGCAACGAAAAGCACAGGAGAACAGGGUCAUCAAGUAUGGCAUCAAGGGCUGUCUUCUGGCAACGAAGAUAGCCACUAUCGAGAAGGACAAGGACAUGAGUCCUGUUUUGAGGCAGAUGUUAAUUCUGCUCAUAGGUUUGGAGUUGCCUCUUAGCGCUCAAAUGUCAGUUGCAUUAUUUGGGCUUCACAUGGUUCUCAUGUUGGUUGGUUACUACGGUUUUCUGUAA